CUCUCCACUGCUGCCUCACGUUCUUCUCUGGAUAGUUCCCCACCACUGCCUCACAAUCUCCUCCGUUCCCCAUUCUCUCCACCACAACCAGCGCUCCCUGGUCAGGCCGCCCCCUCCCCUUCGUCACCACCGCCGGCGCUCCCUGGUCAGGCUGCCCUCUCCUUCGUCACCAGCGUCGCCGCUCCCUAGCAGGCCGCCCCUCCCCUUCGAAUCAGAUCGCAGAAGUGGCCGGGGAGAUCCUCGAGCUCAGCAUGCUCGCGCCAGUGGUAGGCACCGUUGGAUGCGGACGCGGAGGCUCGGGACUUGCACGCCCUACUCUACCCUGUUCCUUCCAAUCCGGCCCCGAAGUGCUCGAGGAGGCACUCGAGGUCGGCAUGCUCACCGGCGACGCUGGGUCCCUCCAUUCUCCUGGUUCCCUCACCGUCGCCAACAUGAGCCUCUCCACCCUCUCCCGCGCGAUUGUCCAGGUCUAGCCCCUUCUGGUUGUGAGUGGAUCCAAGAGUUCACAUGAUGCGGUAUCUUUUUGAAAGAUGAUACAUUAUCUUCAUAAAAGAAAGGAAGUUGGAGAAGUUAUUACUGAAGAGGAAUUCAGUGGUAUGUGCUUCUCAAGAGCUAAACUGGAACAAGAAGUGCAUGACUCUCAUGCCUACACUAACUAAUCAGACUUCCCGAAGGAGAAGAAGGAGGUGCGGAAAGAGGAUGGGAGCAACAAAUCUGAAUCAAAGAGGGUGAGAAUUACUUAUCGAUGACUCGGGCAUCAACUCUUGAUUUUCGGCGGAACACACAGGGUCAGAACAACUGGUCUGGGCCGUUGCGCCCAGUAAAUGCCAUCAAAAAUAAAUUCCCUACCUACAAGAAUGGUAUGAAUGGGAUAGUCAUCAAAUUUGCUGAUGAGCCAGAAACGCCAUGACUUAAGGAGUCUGUUGCCAAAGAGACAGCAGAUCUGCUUGAUCGGCGUCAGUGUCUUUCAGUCCGCGAGCUCGCAAUGAAAUUUGAGAAGGGCCUCAGUACUGCCACAUUAUUAUCUAACGAGGUUAAAUGUAAACAAGUGGCUUUAUUGGAGCGAUACAUCCUUCUGAAUAAUCUAAAGAGUGUAUUGGAGUCACUGAGAGGUCAAGUAGCUGGCAAAUAUAAGGAUGAAAUUGAGGAAUCGGUAUCUAUGGUGGAUAUUUUAGCAGUUCAGCUGUCCAAAACAGAAAAUGAGUUGCUUCAGCAGAAAACCGAGGUCACGAGAAUAGCGACUUCACUAAAACUGGCUUCUGAAGAUGCUAGGAGAAUUGUUGACGAAGAACGAACUAAUGCACGCAUGGAGAUUGAAAAUGCUAGAGCUGUUGUACAAAGAGUUCAAAAAGUACUUAAAGAGAAAGAGAACAGUUCACAAAGAAUUAGAAAGCAGUUGCAGCCCACCUAAUAGGACUGCUUGAUUCCGUCGAGUAUGGAAAAAGCGAAAGGAUGCAGGAUACUCCUUGGUACAAAAAAAAUGCCAAUUGCCAACUGUAAACAUGUGUACUUGAGUCUAUUUUUAACAUGAAAAAAACCUAAAGUGUGUGCAACAGAAAUCAAUCUCGCAGGCGGAUCCAUCCCUGUGAAAGCACUUGCCAUGGCUGUAUGACAUGCGAUGGAUGUAUGGGCUGUGAGAUGUAUGAGAUGCGAUUGUAUGGCAUUUGAGAUGUAUGAGAUGCGAUUGACGUAUGAGAUGGUUUGUAUACCUAUUUUUCGGAUCCAGGACGUGUUCUGGCCGGAUCCUGGACGUGUCCGUGUAUACUCGUCUAGGAUCAGCGCCGGAUCCUGGAUCAAGGGCGAGGAGUUCAGCGCGGCGGCGAAGUGAUGGAGGGCGGCGGCGACCUGAUCCAGGACCAGCGCCGGAUCGUCGAGGUGUUCAGCGCGGCGGCGAAGUGAUGGAGGGUCGCGGCGACCUUGUCCAGUAUCGACGCGGAUGGAGGACGACGAGUGAAGCAGGGGCGGCGACCUCGACCACGAUGGAGGGCGGCGACGAUGGAGGGCAGCGACUGAAGCGCGUCGGCGCAGGGAUGUAGGGCGGCCACGAAGGGAGACCUCACUCGAUAACAGGACUCGUCGCUCCUACGUGUGUCCGCAUGGUUUUUCUGUCGCUGGUUAACCGUCGUAGAUUAUUUUGUCGCAGGUUAACCUUCGUACGUCUAUUGAGGGUCACAUGUGGAUA